GCGGCGGCGGCGGCGGCUGCCGCCGCGGAUGCAGAUGCGGAGACAGGGGGGGGUUCCGGGGCGAACCCAGACUUUCCUAUGGCCUCGCUGUACGUGGGUGACCUGCACCCUGAGGUGACAGAGGCAAUGCUGUACGAGAAGUUCAGCCCGGCCGGGCCCAUCCUCUCCAUUCGCAUUUGCAGGGACAAGAUUACCCGCCGUUCCUUGGGCUACGCGUAUGUCAACUACCAGCAACCAGUGGACGCCAAGCGGGCCCUGGACACCCUGAACUUUGAUGUCAUCAAGGGCAGGCCAGUGCGCAUCAUGUGGUCCCAGCGGGACCCCUCGCUCCGGAAGAGCGGGGUGGGCAACGUCUUCAUCAAGAACCUGGGCAAGACCAUCGACAACAAGGCGCUGUACAACAUCUUCUCGGCGUUUGGCAACAUCCUCUCCUGCAAAGUGGCCUGCGACGAAAAGGGGCCCAAGGGCUACGGGUUCGUGCACUUCCAGAAGCAGGAGUCCGCGGAGCGGGCCAUCGAUGCGAUGAAUGGCAUGUUCCUGAACUACCGCAAAAUUUUCGUUGGGAGAUUCAAGUCGCAUAAAGAACGAGAGGCCGAAAGGGGAGCGUGGGCCAGGCAGUCCACCAGUGCUGACGUCAAGGAUUUCGAGGAAGACACUGAUGAGGAGGCCACCUUGCGAUGAAGACAUCCCAGGAGCGAGCCAGCCAGCAGAGCCAAACCUUGGCUCCCACCCGGUUUACAACCUCCCCUUUGCCCCCCAACCCACCAGCAGUGUAUUGUAUUGGGAGUGCAGGUCUCUCUCUCUCUCUCUGUCUCCUUCCUCGUCCCUCCCCCUUGCUCCUUCUUCCUCCUCUUCUCCUCUCCUCUCCUCUCCUCUCUUUCCUUCCUUCCCUCUCCCCCACACCCCCCAAGGGUGUUGUGAAUAAUCUUGCUAAUCUGUGCCACUUGAUAGGUUGAAGGCUGCCUCUUCUCCUUGUGGUUUGGUUUAAAAAGCACUUUCUCGCUUUGUUUACUGCACAGGUGAUACAGUUUCAUGGUAGAAACAUCAGAAAGGAGAAGGAAAUCGGAUGAGGGAAAACCAAGAAAGAGAGUAAUUGCUCCCCAUGAUCCUACUACCCAGAGACAACCAUUUUUACCUUUUUGGUGUGCUGUUUUUCCAGGCUCUCUCUCUCUUUCUCUCUCUUUCUCUCUCAUUCUCUCUCUCUCCCUCUCUCCCUCUCUCCCUCUCUCCCUCUCUCUCUCUCUCUCUCUCUCUCUUUCUCCUCCUCCUCCUCCUCCU